AUGGUCGGCGAGACACUAACACCUGGCAACAAGCACGAUGGACUGCACCCCGGACAACUGUCUCCACUAGGAUCAGCCUUUGGCACUGGCUCUGCGAGUCCAUUCCUCUCACAGCAAGAACAUCUCUCUGUUCCUUUGUUGGCCACGCCCAGCUCGGCAGGCCUGACAAAGAAGAGACCGAGGUCGAUACUCGCCUCACUUUUCACACUCUAUCUGUUCGCUGCACUGACACACACGUUCUAUGCUACAAUCAUCCAGCCUGUCAUAUCGCCAGAGACGCCCACACCAACGACGACAGACGACUUGCUCGUCAAUAGAACGUCAAACAGGACGCUCCUGCCGCUCAAGAAGCCAACGAGGAAACCGAGCAGUCGACAUGCUACACACGCUCAUGCUGCACAUUCUGUCAAGAAGCCUAUCGGCUCCACUCCCCAGCCGACAAUAGAGCGAUCUGUCGCUUACCACCCUGUCGAGGGUGUGGAGUGGGGCAAGGCGUCAAUAGACUGGUAUCCGAACGAUCACGAGCGAUCACAUCGCAACCUCAGCGCAGACUCGCCAGAGUCUGUACGCUCGCAGGAUGAACUCGCGAGCGAGAGAGAGCUCUUCCAGAUGACAAAGGAGCAAACGACCAUGUCGGAGGAUUUCUUCCUGUCCAAAGCAUUCGGUGAAGCACUACAACCCAGCAAGAUCAUACCCUAUUAUUAUAGAGCACAGAGAGAUCUCGGAGCAGAGGACAACAAGCGAGACAUCACCAUCACUACACUCGUCACUGCGAACCGUUUCAAAGUUCUUACCGAUCUCGUCGAAAAGUACCAAGGACCGGUGAGCGUGUGUAUCCACGUCGUCAAUAUCCCCGCCGAACGCGAAGAGCUGCUCACCUCGCUAAGAGACAUCUACGAGAGCCACGAAGCGAUGAAAAAUUGGGUCGAUGUCCAUCUGGUCAUUGACAACUUUGACCGUCAAUUCAACAUGUGGCGCAACGUUGCCAAAUACUUUGCCAGAACCGAUUAUGUGAUGAUGCUGGAUGUCGACUUUUGGAUCUGUACCGACUUUCGUCAUCGGAUACUCGCAUCUCCAGACAUCAUCGACAAGCUCUCUGCGGGUACAGCAGCCUUUGUCGUGCCUGCUUUCGAAUUCACAAAACAAGUCGACGGACUCGAUUCCAAAACGUUCCCGACCGAGAAGAAGGAUCUGCUCGAGCUGGUCGAAGGAGGCAAGAUCGGGAUGUUCCACAAGUCCUGGGCACCCGGACACGGAUCGACAAACUACACACGGUUUUACGAAUCUAAAGAGGGCGAGAUCUAUCGCGUUCAUGGCUACACGCAUUCAUACGAACCCUACAUCAUCUACAAGCGAGAAGGAACGCCAUACUGCGAUGAACGUUUCAUCGGCUAUGGCGGCAAUAAAGCUGCAUGUCUGUACGAGCUCUUCCUCUCCGGCGUCUCCUUCUGGGUCCUCCCGGACGACUUUCUCAUCCAUCAAAGCCACGCCUACGCAGAAAAAGCGCGAAAGCACGAGCGACGGUACAAUCGCAAGCUGUUCAUCGAUUAUCGCGAAUCACUCUGCUUCAGAUUACUCACCCAAUUCGUCGAUUCGGGUGACAUCGCAACAGACAAGUCGAAGAAUCUCAUGCAGGAAUGCAAAAAGAUCAAAGGCUUCAGCGCGGCUGCACAACGACUCAUCACUGCAUCGACCUGA